AUGGCAUCUGGCGGGGUCAGGGGGGUUAACGCCCUUGCCAUGGUCGAGGAAGCUGGCUCAUGGAGUUCCCGGAGGCCGGCCUUAAGAUAUGUGCAGCAGCGAGCGAGUGGAAAGAUAGCUUGUGCGGUCGGGAGACAAUUGAUGUGUAUUAACACCUACCCCCUGCCAGGUGACAACGAUGUGCUUUGCAGUUUACUCCUAGGCAUGGCCACACGAUCUGCAACGGUGCAGUCACCGCAUGGUCCCUCAUUUGCGCAUUUAUAUGACCCAAGUACUGAUGAUGUCGGUCUCAUUCCCUUUUGUUUGGCCUACAUGAGCGCAUCUAUGUGGAUCUCGGCUGCAAAUGAUUACAUAGAAGCUCCUUUAGUAUUUGGUUGUUUAGAGGAUUUAGCUUUUAUUAUUAGGGUAAUACUACGCUACUACGGGAAGAUGCCACAAUCUCCGCAGGCAAGUGGUGGUGGUGAGUCUGUCAUGGAGGGCAGAUUCGACGAUGGAGUGGCUAUCACUGCAGAAGGCAUGCCGCUAGCCACACAGACGACCAUCUGCGCCGCCCUCGGCAAUAAUUAUGUAACCAGCAAGGACCUGCGAUGGCUUGCGUCGUGCAAAGGCACUGGUGGCGGCCUAGAUCCAUGUGUAAUACAUAUGGUAUGUGGUGGUGUUGAUGGUGGGCAGGGAUUGUUUGGAUGCAGCUUGCAGUUGUGCCGCGAGGUGGGACCUAGCCGUGUAGAUGCAGAUGGACAUUGGAGGUACAGUGUUGGCACUGACGACUUGGAUAAAAAUAUUUUUGUAUGCACUCCGGUGCGCAUCAUAUAUCCUCUUGGCCAUGCCGGUCAUAACAACAACUUUCUUCAGGCUGGUGAUGCUCAUAUUGUCAAUCAUUCUCACUGUGGUGCCUGA